UAAAGUCGUUGCAUGUUCACCAACCUAAGUCAAUAUUAUGCGGAGUGACACGGUUGAGUAUUUUUUGUUUGUUGAAUUGAAAUAGUGGGUAAAUGGGAUUUGGGAAAAAGACGAUCAAUUUGCAGUUAUCAAACCUGGUUUUGCCAUGUGGAUCGUCUUAUUGCUAGUAUUGGCUGGCAGUUUGGGUGAACAGCUCGAUGAUACUGGAGAAACCGAUGGAGAUUCUUCUAGAAAAAUACUUGGAUCCAGCGUGGUUACGUCAGUAUCGGUCGUUAUGGAUACUGGCAAUGGAACGAAAACGGUAUUUGCCGACGCCGUUGGAAAUCCGCAAGUCAGGCCGGCCAGCGCAUCCGAAGUCGCGAGUCCCAUCGAACUGUUGAACCCCGACAGGUACGAAUUCUACACGUUCGACGAUAAUGGCGACUUGGUGAAAAGACUCAUGUCUCUCGAAGAAAUUAAAAGCAUAAUAGCGACCGGAGACACCGACGCUUUCGAUUUGGACACCUUCAGCUCCAAUGGUUUCGUACCCGAAAAAAGAGUUACUGAUAUUAUCAACAACGUUCAAAACGUUUUGAAGGAAGAGAUAGAAACGCAUAAAAGUCCUGCGACCGAUUCCAAACCGAUAUUCGAUACUCCCGACGUCAGCGAUUCGUGGAGUAUGAUUUUGCCGGCAGUUUUCGGAAAUUCUGGUGGCGACAUCAACCCGGAAAAACCGAUCGUUCACGUGACGGCAGAUACGUUCAUGGUUGAGCCGAGUUCCUCUACUUAUUCGACGACGAUUAACUUACAAUCGAAAAAUAAAAGUCCUACUACCCCGGUGUUAUACUCAAACGUUUUUACAGGCAGUUCGACGACACAGUUUACCACACCUAGUUCACCGGAAUCUUCGAUCAAAGUAGAAACAUUUUCGAACGGUCAGUCAACGACUUCGAAAAAUAAUGCUCCAGAACAAAUAUAUUUCCCGGACGACCAAAUUUUCUCAACGUCUGCUAAAAUAAGUCCAACACUAUCUGAAUCACAACAGUUAACAUCGUUAAUGCCGGAAAUAUUUGUGUCGUCCAGUACAAAUACAUUUACACCAUUUCCGCAAGGCACAUUUUCCUCUUCGAGUCUCUCGACAAUGUCAUCGCAAUCAACUUCAUCACCGCCCGUAAUUCCCACAAGAUAUUCGUCAAUUUUACCAUCUUCGGCAUCGGAUGUGCCUCUCGUACGAAAUCGAUCUACAACUACGUCCUCGCCAGCAAGUACGCACACUUCUGUCCAAAAUCUGACGACUUAUAAGCCCGCUACAAAAACACCACUAACUCCCGUUACAAUACCCAACCAAGGGGUAAUUGCGCAAGAGAUUCCGGCAACACCCUCGACAGAAUUGCCUAUCCUUCAAUUGUCUACGCUGGUGUCAAAUAAUGGUAUAUCUCAGUUGGAUAACAGGUUCGGUGAAACUAAAACAACUACAGACUCAACUACAUUGAGUACCAUAACUCCAGAAAUUACGACAACUAUAGAACCAACCACUCUUCAAGCGAAUAUGACUUCCCAAGAAAAAAUUACCACGCUGAAGUACGAAAAAAAUAAUGCCAGUCAUCAACCUCUUGGUCUAGACCAGAAUCUGUCAGCUUCAGAAAUAUUAAACCAACUUCUAUUUACCACAAACAUUUACGAAAUUAAUACUGAGCUGAAUACUGCAAAUAAGAAUAACAUUGAAGCUGAAAGUUUAACUACGGUUCAAUACAACCAGCAAGAAACUAGUACGACACAAGAACUGCUAACAGAUAGCAUACCCACUGAGAAAGAAUUUAAUACGCCCGAGACCACCACUGAUUUUAGCAUAAUGCAAAGCAUAGAACAGUUAUUAUCUCAAGCGGUAAACGAUGCAGAUGUACCGAAUAAUUUAACGGAUGAUGCAGUUAUUCAACAACACAUUUUAGAAAAUUUAUCUCAAACGAAUAUGUCUGAUUUGGUUAAGGAGUCAGCCACUUUGGCCUCGCAAAUUAUGCUCGACAAUGACAAGAUGGACACAAUAGAAAGAAUAAAUGAAGAUAACCAACUUAAAACAACUACAAUUCAACCACCGAACACAAUAAAAGGUGAUAAUUUUGGCUCAACGCCUGAAACACUUACAAGCACAUCAUAUUUAAGUAUAGAGACUACAGAAACAUCUACUACAGAAAAAGUGCCACUGGAAACCACACGAUUCGCAGAUGAAAAUCAGGUAGAGAACGAUGCGGCUACAGAAACAAUAGUAUUAUCUGAAAACAAAACACCUACAACGGAAAAAUACCUAAAUCUUGACGAGCCUGCACGUAUAAUAAAUAUCACUAUCAUCAACUACAAUUCUGACGACAAAGUAAAUGAAAGUAUUCAAUCAAAACCUGCAAAUUACAAAAAGCAUGAUGAUCAUGAAGACGAGUUAUUGAAUAAUAACGAAAGUCUUAUCACAACAACAGAAGAAGAAAAGGACACAAAAACUACUACCAAAGUGGACUACACAAACGCAGGAACGACUUUAGGCGAUGCAGACUGGACUACUACACUAAACUAUAUGAUAACUGAGCCGUCAACGGAAGUAACAUCUGGAUAUUCCUCGCAGUUAGAUGAGAUCACUAUACAGACUGCCACGACAAACAAAACUGUGUCACCCCCAACAUCAACUAAACCCCGAAUACCAUCUAUAGUUAUUACGUUGACUAAAAACGGUUCUUCAAUUACUGAAAAGACAACGGUCGAAUUAAAUAAGACUGAUUCGGCGGAUAUUACCAGUACCAUAGCCUCUGCUAAUAUUGCUACAAAAGGCACUACAAUGGCACCAUUAACGCCACAUAAUGAAGCCACCUGGACUCUAGUAUCUACUCUGACGCCCUACGAGAAAGUUUCCACAGAGAGCCCCGAGACAUCAUCUAAAAUACAAUACCCAGAAGUUGUAGAUCUCCCGGUACCGAUUGAUUUGGUACCGAAGCCAAUUCAAGGCUUCGGUCUCGAAGAUACCACAGCAAGUUUAGACACUGAUAUCUACCAGUUUGUGCAAUUGUGUAACGAACUAGCAUUCGGUUUCUGGAAAACAUUGGCGAAUGAUCUAAACGCGUCUAGAAGCAUUUUUGUUUCUCCAUUCGCUGCAACAUCUAUGUUAGCAAUGGUGUUUUUAGGAGCCAGGGGUGCGACAUCGGGAGAGAUGAACGAAAUUUUGAAACUUGAUGACAUGGUAACGUUUAAUCCUCAUCUAAUAUUUAAGGAAGUGUCUGAGUCUAUCAAUAACGAGCAAGAUUCUGGAAUAGCCACAUCGGUUAUUGGUAGGGAGCUGUUCAGCGAUAAGAGUAGAGGCAAGCUCUUGGACUUUUACAAGAACAGAGUGAGAGCGUUUUACGACGGGUAUGUGGAAGAAGUUAAUUUCAAAGAAAUCGGAGACGUCAUCAGACGCAGAACAAAUCUUUUGGUCAAAAAGCAUAGCCAUGGGAGAAUACCAGAAUUUCUCAAGGACGGAUCGCUUAAUGCAAGAUCUCCUUUAGCCGGAAUUGGUGUUAAUAUUUUCGAGACGGAUUGUUCCCAAACUUCUGUAGGGGGUCGAGACGGAGAAAUUCACUUUGUGGUGUCGCCUUCAAUUAGACAAAGACGUCUCAUUCCGAUUCCGGCAGUCGUAUACAAAUCCGGAUUUCUAGCAGGCUAUGAACCCAGCUUGGACGCGACUGCCAUUUCGUUGGGCACGAAGGACCAAACAAUAAGUACCAUCUUCGUUAUCCCGGGUCAACAGGGAAUGCCGGGUCCCGCCGACAGUUUACAUAGAUUGGAAAAACGUUUAGUCGAAAGUUCUUUUAGAAAAGGUGCCUGGUCUAGAUUAUUACGUUCACUUAUACCCCGUCCGGGUUUAGAACUUCAAAUCCCACGAUUUUCACACCGAUCCAUCGUAAAUACGACGUCAUCGUUACAAAAAAUGGGGCUUCACGCGCUAUUUGACGCCGAAACGGCCGAUCUCAGAGGUCUAAACGGAGUCGCUAACGAGCUCUAUUUGUCCGACGUCCUCCAGAUCAACAGUUUUACCACCUGCGGUGAAAGAGGUAUUGGGGAAACGCAUCAUUCUGAAGUAUAUCCUGCAACUCUCCAUAGAUCAAGAUCCGCCAGGCUGUUGGGAGGCUUGAUAUCAGGAAUGGGUUUGGAAGAGCCCGAAGAAUAUCAAAGGUCGUUCUACGAUCCUCUGCAAGAUUCGGAAUUAUUCUCUCUGCCGUUAUCUCUCAGACCACGUCAGGCUAGAGUACCAGAACUUCCGAGAUUACGGUUCGAUAGGCCGUUUUUGUAUUUCGUCAGGCAUAACCCCACCGGGUUAAUUUUACACAUGGGCCGAUUUAACCCCAGAUUAUUGCCGUAAACUCCGUAGAAUUACAACAGAAAUACUGAUAUAGCUAAACGAAGGUGAAGUGUCAAGCUUUAAACAUGUAAAAAAGUCGUCAUAUUUAACGUUGGUUGAAAUACUGGAACACCAGAUAGAAUUGACAAUUGCGUUUGUAAUUCCCUUUUAUUUAUGAACUUGAAAAAAUUAAGACUGUCUACAGACUGAGAUAGUGCCAACGGUAAUUAAAUUCGCAACGUUGUUGAAAUAGCCAAGGAAAAGGGGAAAUGCUUUUGUAUAUUGACUUUAUUCUAGGGUAAGACAAAAAAGUAUUAAUUCCAACUUGUACAUAUUUAUUACUAUAUAGAAAUAAGAAGCAGAUGUAAUUAAUAUCACCGCAAAAGCCGUCAAAUUGGUAACGACGAUUUUAUCAACCGCUACACGAAAAAAAAAUUAUAAUUUAAAUAGUUGAUAAUUGACACCGUCACAAGUAUCAAUAUUUUAAUAAAUCUUACGAGUCGAUGGUUGCAUAAAGUUUAAUGUCAAGCAAUAAAUUUCUUUCGAUAUUCUUUACACUGCUUUAGUUUAGUUAAUUAUGUUAAAAAAUUAGUAAGUUAUUGUAGUGCUAGAAAAUUUUAAAUAAAACGAUAUAUAAGAUAUUUUAACGUACCUCAACUUACCCCGUUUAGAAAAAUCCUGCGGCUGUUACUCUCUAUUUAAUUGUGAUGCGGACUUGAGUUCGUUUAGAUGGAUUUAUAUACGAAGUUUUAAUAGUUUUAAAGCACUAAGCAAAAAAAAAUAUUUUUUAAAAUUUAAAUAAAACGCCUUGGAAAUCAACGAGUCAAACUUUAUUUAAGUGACUGCGACUGUGUCCACACUUUGACCUAAUUAGCACGCCGUCUAGUCAUCCUACUUAUAUAGUCACCUUAUUUAACAAUUCUCGAUUGUUACCGGGUGGCACUCAACUACGUUAAUUUAAACAGGUAUGAGGUAAUAUAUACUCAUGAAGUGGCAUAAUAUAAUCUAAUAAUAUAAUCCCACGCUGAUGCCGAAUCGAUAUUUUGUUUGGUAAAAUUCGAAAAAAUAUGUCUAUUUUUUCGUAACCUUUUCCAGUCCAAGUCACUAUCAGUCUGACAAUCCCGGUGCCCAGAAUUUUGUGUGUGGCCUCAGGCAUCCCGCUGCGACCUGAGGAUUUAUUGCUAGCAGAAAGUCUAUUAUUCAGAUCCUUAAGUCUUAUGGACACGACUCCUAGUUUUGAGUACCUGAUUCUUCCCACUGCCGAGCUCUGCACAGUAUAUGCUCUGCCGUUUCCUCAUCUUCCAUGUACCAGGUCGUCAUUGGUGAGGCCGAUCUUGUGCAUAUGGCGUUUGAGAUUGCAGUGUCGAUUCCAGUGCACAUUCCUAAGAGAAUUUUCAGAUUUGAUCUGUUCAUUGCUAGUAGGCUGCUGGUCAUGCGUUUCUUUGUGCGAUACUAUCAACGUCUUUGAAUGGGCCACCACUGGUAAUGGCAAUCAGCAUGCUUGUGUAUCCUCUGCUUUGAAUGCAUUCGUUUUGCGAUUGGCGUGAUAUGGCCAACAUCGGCGGCGGAACUUUGCUUGCUAGGAGUUUGACUUUUUCAUUAUCUUCCAGCCCGCUAUUCCCUAGUACCCAUGUCAGCGUUGCCUCAUAAUGGCACCCUUACAUCAAACUGAGGUGUUUUUAGUCAUUUCAUAGGUUAAUUUCGAUUCAUAUGUCACUGAUAUCCUAGGAAUCAUGUCUGAUAGUUUAUUCAGAAUGCAUUUCCAUCAAAUGGGUACUCUUCAUCACCCAUGAUUGCGUGUUCACCGAAGCCGCUUGAAAAAGUCUGUGGCAGUUGUAGGCGUGGUGCUGAGGACACCAGUAAUUGUCAUAGACCUGCCUCUACAAGCUAGCAAUUUUCGGCUGGACCAGUGUUAUGGCCAAGGUAUACACAACCAUUCGCCAUGUCUAGAGCGAUCUCCCGCUUUUCUCAAUAAGCUCUAGUUUAGCAUUUUAUAUAGGUAUCCAGAUAUUUUGCUUCGGUUAAGGUUGCCCUAUUAAAGAAAGUACCAAACACUCCGGUUUUCUCCUGGGAGUGACUACUACAACUUUUACAGUUUUCCAUUUGUAUAUAGUAGGGUUGCUUGGAGGGUAAUUGAAAUUCUCUUUUGGCUUUUUCCUCUAAUUAUGACAACCACAUCCUGUGCAUAUGCAUUUAAAACCACCUUUUCCCACAGUUUGAGGAUGGCCAGCAGGUGGUUCACCUGUAGUUGGGUUAGGUUUUAGUGAAAAAUUUGAAGAGGGCCAUUUUUGUUUAAAAUUGCUGUAUCUAAAUUGAGAAAAAUGAAAUGUAGCUGUUUAGCAUAUAAAUUUAUGAGAACUUUUUUUUAUUUAUU